AUGACGGUGAAACAGCGACCUCGGACGGGAGGGCGCGCGACGGCGCGCGAGGACGGCGCGCGCGAGGCGAACGAGGAAGCGCGAGCGCGCGCGAGCGGACGCGCGGCGCGAAGCGCGACGAUCGGGAGUGGGUUGGCGUUGGCGUUGUGGUGGGCGUCGUCGCCUCGGUGGUGGACGGCGACGCGGGACGAAGGGAAACCGGCGGUGGACGCGCGCGCGGCGGCGUACGCGUUCGGGACGUCGACGGAGGCGAUUUCGGGGUGGUCGCUGCGUGAUGUCGCAGAAUUUCUGGCGAUGAGCGAUGCGCGAUGGUUGGGGUCGACGGUGGAGGCGACGGAGGCGGUUUCGCGAGACGACGGGCGAAAGCGCGUCGCGCGUCGCGCCGACGGGUUCGCGCGAUUCGUCGCGACGCAUCAUAAAACUGGUACGGCGCUGAUGCACGACGUGUUUUCGACGAUCGCAAAUAGAUCGUCUCCGCCGUACACGUUCUUUGACGUGCGAGCGUUCGAAGACGCGGAGCUUGUGGUCAACGAGGUCACGGGGAAGGGACUCGAGCGCGCGGCGCGACGGCGAUUCAGGGAAGCGGAUAUCGUGUUGGAUUACCAUUUCGGCAAGUCUUUGCCGGCUUUCAUCGAGCAGAACGAAACCACGCGACUGCUACAAUCCAUGAUUUCGGUGUCGAACGCCCGCGAAUACAGAAUUGUGCACGUCGUACGCGAUCCGCUCGACGUCCUCGUGAGCGGUUUGGCGUAUCACGCGCGAUCGCCAAACGACGAACGGUGGCUCUCUCGCGCGCGAGUCGCCGAGCUUUCGUACGCGGAAUUCCUCAAAACUGCGAGCCCAAAAGAUGCAAUUGCGGCGGAGAUGUCGUUUUCGGACGACGAAAUACGUAUGCUCGCGCUGACUUACGUACAGUGCGAGCGAAAUCGCGACACGUGCUUGAACUUGAGAUUGGAGGCGUUCGAACGUAAUUUCGAUCGCACGCUCGAGCGUGCGCUUCGGUUUCUUCGAUUUCCCUCGCAGAACAUCACGUCGAUGAUUCAAAUUGCCAGCGUGCACGACGUCAGCAAGUGGUCGGAGGAUGAGUUACGGAAAAACGAACAUUACACGAAGCGCAUCGAUAGGCGGCCGUAUUACGAAGCCGCGCGCGAAGACGAUGACAUAUGGCGAACGAUCACCGCGCUUCGACGCGCGAUGGGGUACGACGCGACCUCGUAG